AUGUCGACGAGCGGGCUCAAGGCGAUAUCACCAGUCCCCACUGCGGCUGACUUCUUGGACAUCGUUCUCUCCAAAACUCAGCGGAAGACACCCACCGUCAUCCACAAAAACUUCAAGAUCAGCCGCAUACGCAACUUCUACAUGCGAAAGGUCAAGUUCACGCAAGAUUCCUUCGAUGAAAAACUAGGCGGCAUUCUCACAGAAUUCCCCCUUCUCGAUGACCUCCAUCCCUUCCUUUCCUCCCUCAUGAAUGUAUUAUAUGACAAAAACCAUUACAAGCUCGCCCUUGGCCAGCUUCGCACCGCACGGCACCUUAUAGAUCAGGUUGCCAAGGACUAUGUACGAUUACUCAAGUUCGGUGAUAGUUUGUAUCGUUGUAAGCAGCUUAAGAAAGCUGCGCUCGGUCGCAUGGCUACGAUCAUGCGCCGACAAAAAGACCCCCUUGCGUACCUCGAGCAAGUCCGCCAACACAUAUCCCGUCUCCCCGCCAUUGACCCCAACACACGGACACUCCUCAUCUGCGGAUACCCCAACGUCGGCAAAUCGUCGUUUAUCAACAAGGUCACCCGUGCAGAUGUCGACGUCCAGCCAUACGCAUUCACCACAAAAUCCCUCUUCGUUGGACACCUCGACUACAAGUACUUGCGGUGGCAGGUCAUCGAUACCCCUGGGAUUCUCGAUCACCCCCUCGAGGAGAUGAACACGAUCGAGAUGCAGAGCAUCACCGCUCUUGCUCACCUCAAAAGCUGUGUCAUGUACUUUAUGGAUCUUAGCGAGCAAUGUGGGUAUACCGUAGAGGCUCAGUGUCAACUAUUCCAUUCCAUCAAACCACUCUUCGGUGGCAAGCCGACCAUGCUGGUCAUCAACAAAAUCGACGUUACGCGUUUGGAAGACCUCCCAGCGGAGAGCCGCGCCCUCGUACAGGAGAUCAUCGACAGAGAGGACGUGCAGUGUGUCCAGGUGUCGUGUUACUCGGAGGAGGGUGUCAUGGACCUCAAGAACAAGGCAUGCGACGCACUCCUCGCCCACCGCGUGGACACGAAGCUCAAGGGCAGCAAGAUCAACUCGGUCAUCAACCGGAUACACGUCGCCGUACCCAAAGCGCGUGACGAAGUGGUACGCGCGCCGUUCAUCCCUGACAUCGUCAAAGAGAAGAAGAAGUUCGACAAGAACGACCCCGACAGGAGGAAAUUGCUGCGCGAUGUCGAGAUAGAGGAGGGCGGCGCCGGCGUCUUCAACAUGGACAUGAAGCAGGAUUACUUGCUCGCGAACCCCGAUUGGAAUCACGAUAUCAUACCCGAGAUUAUGGACGGCAAGAACGUGGCCGACUUUGUCGACCCGGAUAUUGCGGAGAAACUGGAGGCGCUCGAGCGGGAGGAGGAGAAACUCCAAGCAGAGGGCUUCUACGAGGAAGAGGAGGAUAUAUUCGAUUCCGAUGACGAGCGUGAGGAGGUUGCCGCCCGCGAAGCUCUCAAGCACAAGAUGCACUCGCAGAGCAUCAAAAAGUCGAAAAAGAACACACCCCGGUUGCCGCGUACUGCUGGCCUGCGCACGCUCUCGGAGCUCUCGUCGGAGCUCAAGAAGGCAGGAUACGACCCGAGCAGUAUCGAGGACCGCGCGACUAUGCUCGCCAAGGUGCAGGGUGCGAAGCGAAAACGUGGAGAUGAUAUGGACAUCGACAUGGACGAGGAUGGCUCGGACGAGGACGGCGACGAAGGGGACUGGAUGGACGUGGAUGGCGAAGGCGACUCGCCGAACAAGCGUGUCAAGUCGAAUUCGGGGGCAAUCAUCGCGAAGAGCGCAAGAGCACCACGGACGAACCGGCAGCUGGCUGGUAUGCGCGACACUGAGCAAGCCUCCAAAGCCGUCAAGCUUCGGAACCUUGGCCAGAGAGGACGAAACAUGCUCGCCAAAGCUGGUGAGGGUGACCGUACCAUCAAAACCAAAAUGCCGAAACAUCUAUUCGCCGGCAAGCGGAAGGGUGGCAAAACUGACAGACGGUAG